AACGAGUUGAUGGUGUUUGCUUUAUUGCCUCUGAGAAUUACUCACUUUGAAUUGGGUAAACCAUUUACGAUCUGUUGUAAACAGUUUCUGUGUUCUACCCAAGGCCAAGCUUUAGGAUGUUAAGAACAAAAUUCAUUUUAGUUCUCAGCCUCAUGGCCCUUGCUUUGUCUCUCUGUCCUGAUGCCUGUAUGGCUAGAGCCAAAUACAAACCUUGCUCCCCUUUUUCUUCUUGCGGCAACCAUAGUAUUACAUACCCUUUCCGAUUGAAUACCGAUCCUGUUGAGUGUGGUUUACCAGGGUAUGAACUAGUAUGCGAGAACAAUCGCACAACUUUGGUCACAGAACAGGGCAAAUUCUUUGUUGAGAAUGUCACUGAAUAUACCAGGUAUUAUGAAGGCGCAGACGGGAAAUCAUUCGUUGGGAACAAGCCAGGGUAUACAGUCCGAUUGGUCGAUGCCAGUCUUCGGAGGGAUAAGUGCUCCAUUCCUCGCAGUUCCCUUAACUGCCCAUGUUGCGGGUUUGGGGGUUACACUAUGUAUGUUCUAAAUUGCAAUAUAGCAAUGAACUCAUCACUUUAUGUUGAUACCUCACCUUGCACCAAUAGAUCUUGCCCUCCAUACACCUACUUUUUUCUUUCCAAUUAUGAAACAAAGGCAUCAGAUUUCAAUGAGUCAUGCAGAAUUGAAGCAGAGAUUUCGUUUUCGCAGUUGGCGGUUUUUCUGCCUAAUAUCACAGGCCUCUCUGCUUCUGAUAUCUAUCAUAUACUGCUAGAGGGCUAUGAAAUCGAUUGGUCGUAUUGGGUCGACUAUGUUAAUAACCGCUGCUGGGUAGACAAAAUUACAUUGAAGGUGAUGUACAUAUAUCAAAUGUCUUCUAACAACAGAUCACAAAUGUUAUACAAGUUUUACAUGCAAAUAGCGGAAAAUUUCCAGAAAAGCAUUCAACUUGUGAAGAUAAAUUAAGAAUAAAUUAAGACCUAGUUUAAUGUCAUAUGAAAAGCUCCUCUACUGUAUUUGUUUCAAAUUAUCAUUGGCACACUCUUUGUAUUUACACUAUAUAGUUCCUUAAGAAGACAACAAGCUAGAAUAAUUUGAUAAAUUCUUUAAAUAAAUUGAAAACAUUAUUCAUUUUCAUAGGAGGGUUACAAAGUAGUAGAUACUAAUCUGUGUCUAUCUUUUUUCUUGAGAAGGAGCAAUUGUAUCAGCUAGAGCUCUGCCUGGGAUAUCCAUCUUACUCACAAUCAUUGUGUACAAAUUGAGGAGGAGACAUUUGUCUGUGGAUGAUACACUUGAAGAGUUCCUUCAAAAGCAGAAUAACUUUAUGCCUAUUAGGUACACAUAUUCAGAAAUAAAGAAGAUCACUGGAAGUUUCAAGAAUAAAUUAGGUCAAGGAGGUUAUGGUUCGGUUUUUAAAGGGAAGCUUCGAAGUGGCCAUUUUGUAGCAAUAAAAUUACUGAGCACGUCAAAAGGUAAUGGCCAAGAUUUCAUCAAUGAAGUUGCUACCAUGGGAAGGAUUCAUCAUGCUAAUGUCAUGCAACUGAUUGGAUUUUGUGUUGAAGGAUCUAAGCAAGCCUUAGUAUAUGACUUCAUGCCCAAUGGGUCUUUGGACAAAAUCAUAUUUUCAACGCAAAGCAAUA